AUGAGAGCAACGGCCGCCCCCACCAACCAAUGCAUCACCGACCGCGCCGUGAAGAACGGGCGCCGGCUCGGCUCCACUCGCCUCGACGAGGAUCCCGCCGUUCACGUCCGAGGCCAUCGCAGCGUGACAGAAGCCCGCCGCGCCGCCGUCGCAGCUACAGCCGCGAUAGAUACCGCUUCGGUCGCAGCGAGAAAAGCGGACAACCACCGAACAGCUCGAGACCCGCGUCCCGAUUCACCUCGACCCGGCACCAACCCCGGCCACAGCAGCCGCAACGACCGUAUCAGCCACCGAGGCCCGCACUUCCCAGAGCCAAGUGGAACCCAGUCAUCUCUACUCGACUUCCUCGCACUCGUCACACCCAAGGAACCGGUAUUCUACAGCAUCUUGAACGCGCACAACUGGGCGACCGCGGACCCUUACAUCGUCUGGCGCGACCGCAAGAUCAAGGCGCGUAGGGAGCAGGAGGAGGCCAAGAUGGCGGACCCGUUCGAGGUGCGCAUGCGGUUUAGCAACCAGCUGAAGACCCUCAACGCCAGCGUCGUUAGCGCCCAGAAGGCCGCGCAGUAUGCGCUCAAGUAUCGCGACAUGAGCGAGGAUCUGCACAGCUGUAUCCUGGAGCAGUUGGAGAGGAAUUCCAUGAACACACGCGCCAACAUCAUGUACUUCAUCGAACCUUUCCUUGAGAUGGCCGAGAAGGAGGGCGACCGCAGCUGUACCGACUACAUCAGGCGCAUGCAACGCGACAUUAUGAGGGUUGUAGAUGCUGUGUGUCCGGAGGACGGCUCCGGGGCCGCCAACACCAAAGUGGUGCGCAAAGUCUUGCUGGGGCUUGUCACCAAAGGCUUCCUGCUCGAGCAAACUUCGACCGAGAUCGAGGAAUGUCUAAGAGACCGCGCCGCCGCCUCGCACGCCGACGUGCUCUCGAGCCCUGUCAACGGCGAUACGACCGCGCCCGCGAGCGGUACGAACGGCCGCACUACAACUACGACAACAAGCAAGAGCACUGUAGACGGAAGCAAAGGCCGCCUGAAGCUCGAGAAGCGCCAGAUCGAGCAGCGGAUCGAGGAGGACAGAGAGAGACACAAGAAGAUGCGCGAGAACAUGUGGGUCAUGCCCAAGGGCCCCUUGAAAGUCCGCCGCGGCAAGGUCUGGGAGGACCUCAGCGACGCCGGCGAGGACGACACCCGUGAGGGCGACGAGGACGAGAGCGAGGAUCUGGAUCUUACGGGGACCGGAGACGGCCAGGAGGAGCGCGAACGGGAGCGCGAAGCACGGACUGAUGACCGCAAGAAACACGCCGAGAGGAACGGCGGUGGCAGUACCGCCCGCGACCGCGACAGAGACCCCGAUGGCGACCUCAGGAUGAACGGCCACGGGUACGAGCGCCGUGGACACUCGACGCGCUAG